CUGCGCUGGUGCUGGCGGAUAACGAAGACCAGUCAGUUAGGCUUUCUUCCUAUCCUGUUCCAGAGCAUUCGAUCUCUGAUUGUGGACAAGAGAUGCCUGUGUCACCGCCACCGCCACCGCCACCUCCUCCUCCUCCUCCUCCUCUCCCACCCUCUUUCUCUGGAGGACCACCACCUCCCCCUCCUCCACCACCACCUCUUCCAUCCCCUUCUGGAGGUCCUCCAUCGUUAACUUCCCCUACUUCUUUUUCAUCGUCAUCUGGAGAUUAUCCUCCACCACCACCACCACUACCUUCAUUUCCUCUGACAAACACAGAACCACCCAAAGUGAAAAGGGAGGAAUCCAAAAGUCGAAGUGCUUUAUUACAUGAGAUCCAAAGAGGGACUCGACUGAGAAGAGUAACCCAAACCAAUGAUCGCAGUGCUCCACAGUUGGACACUGAUAGAAGAAAGCCCAGCAAAGAUGGAGGAAGCCCUGGAAAUUGCAGCAGUGAAAUACCUCAGGCAUUAGGGAACCUUUUUGCAGAAGGAUUCCCUGUUCUGAGACCAGUAGGCCAAAGAGACUUAGCAGUGAAUAGGACUGGAAAGCCACCUAUUGCCAAAACAGCCCCAGUCCCACUGAACAAUAAUGGGAAGUCCGGUGGCAACUUUCAGAUCUUCCCAAGUGGCCCUACUCAAGCAGAUGAGUCAGAAGCAUCUCAGAUCCAUGCUAUCCCAGCUCACCCCAGCAUCCCUGCUCCUCCUCCUCCUAGUUCAGUACCAUCUCCUCCACCUCCUCCACCACCAUUACCACCUCCCUCUGGCAAGCCAUCACUUUACUUUCCUCCUCCGCCCCCUGUACCACCUCCUCAUUCUGAAUAUCCUAAUAAGUUCUCUUCCCCAGACAUGGCUGCUGCUGAUGCUGCAUCCUCUCAGAUUAGAACUUCUAAAAGCCACACCUCCCCAUUGUACAUACCACCUGCACCACCAUUACCCUUGUCUCCAUCAUCUCCCUAUGGGAUUCCAGGCAAAAGUAAUGAAUGUUCCAGCCCAAGUUCCUCCCAGCUGGACCUAAAACAUAAUUCUCCCCCCAUACCGCCACCACCACCACCACCACCACCACCUCUCCCAGGACCUAUGUCUACUUUUUCUUCACCCCGAACCUCAAUGUUUUCACCACAAUCACCAACCUAUAACAGUGCCUCAAACAGCAGCAGCAAUUCUGCUCCCCUAAUGCCUCCCAAGAGCCAGUUGCAAAAGCUCCCCAUUCAAUCAGUGUCUCUUCCCCCUACUCCUCCAAGCACACAGCAAGCUCCUGCAAUGCAGAAAAGGAGAAGAGGUGGAGCAAAGUUGAUGCCGCCACCUGUUCCUCCUGCAAGGUCUCCCACAACUGAGCUCACAAGCAAAUGCCAAGUCACCCAAGUAUCUCCGUGGCCACCGGCUACUCAAGACCCAGAUGAUUUUGAAUCGAAAUUCACUUUCCAUUCCAUGGAAGACUUUCCCCCGCCAGAGGAGUUCAAGCCUUUUAAGAAAAUUUAUCCUAGCCAAGAAGCGAGAAAUAAAGCAAGCAACCCCCCUUUACGAACGCAAGCAAGAUGAGGUCAACAAUUGAAGGGUAUUCAAAAAAAUAUUCAACAGUAUAAAAUGUAGGGCAUAUUUUUGUUAGUCAUGUGAUAUGUACAGGCAAAUAUGGCACUUAAAAGACUGCUGGAUGCAGAUGGGCCAGAAUGAGAGUGCAUGUUCAUUUAUUUUAAAAAGUUGCAACAUAAUGUAUUUUGAUUUAAAUUGCUUUAAAGCUGGCCUGAAUUUUAUUUUUAAAUGCUAUCGAGUAUUGUAAUUUACAUAGCUGUUCAUUCUUAUAUGGUAUAUUUUGGUAAAGUAAAAUUGAUUGCCUGUACUGUAUGCAGUCCAGUUUCCCAUGGAGUUUCUGUUGUAAUUAAUUCAUGAUUUCCAAAUUUGAUUUACUGAUUUACAUUAUAUCAUAUAUAAAUUCCUGGCAAGUCUUCUCUUUUGUUUUCUUGGAUAUAUCGUAGCUUUUCAGUGGUGCAGAUGUAUAACAUUUUCAAAAGAAUGUCACAUAUAGACACAAAUAUACUCCAAGCAAGAAGAAUGCAAACAAAACAUUUUCCAUUAACUUCUUCUAAAGCUCAUCAGCCUAAGAACAUAAAAUGUUGUUACAUGUAAUCUUGAACUUGCAGGCACAAUAGGGAUUGGAAAAGGUGUCAUUUAGCAGUAUGGUUGUUAAGUGAGCCAUCACGUGACUGUACCCGAUUUUAUAACCUUUUCUGUCACAUCAUUAAGCAAAUUACUUGCAAUUCUUAAGGAGGAUAUCAUGUGACUAUGACUUGCAACCUUCUGCUGGCUUCCCCAUUGACUUUGGUGUCAGAAGCCUC